GCUGGUGAGACGGGGAAGAUCUCGCACGCCCUGAGCCCAGGAAGUAUCGUCUCCGCUGGUGAGGUGUUAGCCCGGCUUGAGCUCAAGGAUCCCUCCAAGGUCAAGAAGAUCUCGCCCUUUGAGGGAGACUUCCAGAUCUCUGCCAAGCCAGAGCCGGAUGUGCCUGCGCCCAAGGAAGACCUCUUGGCCUUCUUGGACGGCUUCCACGCGGACACCAAGGGGCCGCAGCUAGUCGAGCGGAUGUUUGCCGGCUUCGGGAGCAGGGAGGCUGCGACUGAGACCGUGCGCGGCGUCCUAGAGAAGUACCUCUCGAACGAGCGUCCUUUUGCCGCGUCCAUUGAGACCAAACAGCCUUACGACAAGCUUCUGCUGGACUUGAUCAACCAGGGCAAAGACUCCCUGGAACAGGUGCUCCUCAUGGUGGCUGCCCACAACAAGCUGGCUGACCGCAGUGAGGUCGUAAUGGGCGUCAUCCGUGAGAUGCUGGCCGCUGAGGGGUCCGGCAUGUCCUGCAUGUACGUCCCUGACAUGCGCAUGGAGGAUGACAUGGCAGCUGCCGUGCAGGAGAAGAUUGUGGAGAUUUCGCAGCUGCCAAGCUCGGCAGCCGUGGCCGGUGAUUAUGGCAACGUGCGGUAUUUGGCUCAGCAGCUGUUGGACACCAUGCCGCAGGAGUCCUACGAGGAGCGUACCAAGCACUUCCGUGAGCAGUUGGCUGCCUUGAGUGACAAGGCUCUAGCCGAGCACAAGGAACUCCCUGGAGCCGUGGAUGGUGGCUUAGAGAUGGAGCUCUUGGUGGAAGCCUUGAGUGACUCCGAUGCCAAGAUCCAGGAGAAAGCUAUGCAUGCGUACAUCUCCUGGCUCGCAGCACCAAGCCAGCUGACCAAAGUGGAGGUUGCCGGAGCCAAAUCGGCAGUUUGGACACAGUUCUUCCCCGUGGCUGCCGGCCAGGAGCACCACCGUCACGGCCUCCUCACCGUGACGCCAGAGCUUUCAAAGUUCGAGCUGGAUGAGAAGCUGCUGAGCCCGCUGAUCAAGCAGCAGACGGCUCAGGGUGUCCCGGUGAACUUCCUCCACAUCGUGGCGGGACGUGACGCCUUCCCCAGCAUCACGGACCGAACACUGUUCUACAACACGGACUCUGCACUCGAGAAGGUGAUGAAGUAUUUCCAGCAGCUGUUCACGAAGCAGACAGAGCUCCUGAAGUCAGCAGGCGUGGGCGAGAUCUUCGUGGCCUUGCCCCAGCCUCCCCGCCACCCGCGCUUUGUGAAGUUCAGCUUGGACCCCACUACCGAGGAGUGGUCUGAGAGUGAGCUGUCCAGGGACCUGUGGCCGUCCUUCACGGGUUUGCUGGAGCUAAGCUCGCUCCAGCGACUCUAUUCCCUUCAGCGCAUCCACAAGGAGGUGCGGCCAACCUCCCAUAUCUACUUGGCCACGCCCCCAAUGAUCAGCGGCAAGGCCACCACAUCGGAGCUGCUGAUGCGGGCCCUCUUCCUGUCGGUGAGCAAAGAGUCCUUUGGCCAAAGCUUGACGGACAGCUUGGACCUCGCAUUGGAGGAAGUGGAGCAUGCCAUGCUGGAUCCGCGUGUAGCCAAGCUGGGCCCUUCGGUGACUAGCAGGAUCUUUGUGCACUUCGUGGGUGAGCUGGACAUGGAGCUUGGAGAGCUGGAGCAGCGCUUCACAGACACCGUGAACAGCCAUGUGGGUCACCGCAGCUCGGACAUCAAGCUUUGCGUAGAUGAGAUCGAGGUUAAGGUGCAUCGGAAGGCGGGUUCAUCCAUCGAGACGCUCCGUCUCUCCCUGUCCUCUUUGGGCGGUGGCUUCUUGAAACCAAAGAUGUUGAGGGAGUUCCCGGAUCCCGUGACUGGCUUCCCGCUCCACUGGGAGGCAGCCAAGGAGGGCGCAGCCCUGAGCCCGCUCGAGCACCCGCAUGUGGCCGACCGUGCGGCCUUGAGCCGCUACCAGGCCAAGCGUGUGGCGGCCCGUCGUGCAGGUUCCACCUAUGCCUUUGACCUGCCUGGUAUGCUCCAGCUUGGUCUGACCAUGAAGUGGAUCGCUGCCACCAACGGUGCCAGCUCCCCAAGAGAGACCCGCAAGGAUCUUGGAGGCUCCAGGAAGCGCAGCCCGUCACCCCGUGGCCGGAGCAUGACAGUGCCCUCCAAGAUCCCCGAAGGUGUCCCCAAGGACCUCCUGACUGCUGUGGAGUUGGUGAUGGACUGGUCCAAGAUGGAGCUUGUGGAGACGCAGCGCCCAGAGGGUUCCAACGAUGUGGGCAUGUUGGCCUGGAAGCUGACCAUGAAGACCCCGGAGUACCCAGAAGGCCGUGUCGUGAUCCUCAUUGCCAACGAUGUGACCUUCCAAGCCGGCUCCUUCGGCGUGCGGGAGGACCAAUUCUUCCAGAAGGCCUCUGAGCAUGCCAGAAAGCUGGGACUCCCCCGCGUUUACGUGUCCUGCAACAGCGGCGCCCGCGUGGGGUUGGUAGAGGAGCUCAAGCCCUUGUACAAGAUCCAGUGGUGGGACCCCUCGGACUGUGGCAAAGGCUUCGAGUACCUGUACCUCACCAAGGAAGACUACGAAAAGCUGCCUGCAGGUGACGACGCCUAA